AUGACGAAUCCGAACAAGGACCCGUAUGUUUCUAAAGCGACAAAGAAAGCACUCAUGAUAAAAAUCUUUAGUUCAACACCAAAUGCUUGGUUUAUGGAUAUCUUGGAAAACAUUCCGAGAGUUAGAACAGAUGGACCUCCAUACUGGUUAAUAUUUGUUGGUCAAAACACAAGAUACUGUGAAGCCAUACCAUUAUGGUCCAAAAAUAUUUUAGAUGUGAAAACUGCUUUGACAAUAUUCGUUGACAAAUACCAUCCAACAAAACUGACAUCUGACUGUGAAAGUUCUUUCAAAUCAGAUGAUGUAAAAAACUAUCUGCGUUCAAAAAAUGUAAACCAAUAUUUCAUUGUCGACCAAAACUAUUCUGCUCUUGGUGUCAUUGACGGUUGUAUAAAAAUGUUAAGAGACUUAAACCAACCACAAGGUGGUGAAGCAAAUGAAAUGUCAUAUGACGACAAGUAUAGACACUUCUCCAUGGCAAAGAUGAGACAAGUUUUAAAUAUUUACAAUAACCGUAAACAAAAAGGUUUGGGAAACCACUCCCCGAAGAAAUGA